AUGGCACAGAAGCAACAAAGUCGCAAAAAAUCAGAUUCCAACACGGGCAUGACAAUAAGCUGGAGAGCCAUCCGUCACUGGGUGGAGUGGCCUUUUGCAGGUUGGUCCCGCUAUUCAAUUGUAGGAGAUGCCUCUGCCGGUCAACACAACUUACGCAUCGACUAUGCUGAACUCGACGACGAUGCUGUUUAUGAGUGCCAAGCCACACAAGCAGCGCUGCGCUCCCAGCGAGCUAAACUUACUGUACUUAUCCCUCCCAAUGACCCUGAGAUUCACAGUGGCCCCAUUGUCCAUGUCAUAUCCAACAUCCCCUACAACCUUUCAUGCCGCGCAUCUGGAGCCAAGCCAGCAGCUGAAAUCACCUGGUAUCGUGAUGGGCAGCGACAAGAAUCAGCUGUUUACUCCAAGUCCCUGAUGGAUGAUGGCAAGCGGGAAGUGGCUGUCAGCACCUUCCUCUUAAUACCAAGCAGCCGAGACAUGGGCAGCACCUUCACCUGUCGUGUCAGCAACCCGGCAGCCCCUGCUGGCAAGCAGACCUCGGUCACCCUUAACGUUCAGUAUCCACCCAUUGUGAUCCUGUCUGUACAGCCGCAAACUGUGCCUGAAGGCGGCAAAGUGAGCUUCCUCUGUACCGCAACUUCCAAUCCUGAAGUGACAGGUUACCGGUGGGCUAAAGGAGGUGUCCCCAUCCCAGAGGCCAACGGUGACAGCUACGAAGCCACAGUUGACCAGUCUUUCUUCACAGAGCCCGUGUCGUGUGAAGUGUCCAACGCUGUGGGCAGCACCAAUGUUAGCACUCUGGUGGACGUCCACUUUGGGCCUCACCUUGUCUCACAGCCUAAGCCCCUGACGGUGGACAUCGGCUCAGAUGCCUCUUUCACCUGCACCUGGACUGGGAACCCACCUCUAACCUUGGCCUGGACAAAGAAAGGAUCCACUGUGGUGCUGAGUAACGGCAACACACUGCAUCUCAAGGCAGUGACACAAGAGGAUGCCGGGGUGUACGUGUGCAAAGCCAUCGUGCCUCGCAUUGGAGUGGCCGAGAAAGAAGUGACCCUGGCUGUGAAUGGUCCACCCAUUAUCAGUGCUGAAUCAAGCCAGCAGACCGCAGUGGGAGCCAAGGCCCGUCUGGAAUGUUUGGUGGAAAGCGUGCCACGGCCGGACCGGAUCGCCUGGGCGUGGGGCGAACGGAUGCUGGACACUGGCUCCCUGGACCGUUUCACAGUGGACACCGUAGUGACUGAGCAAGGGGUGCUCUCAGCUCUGCUGAUCGACCCAACCCAUGACGACGACUUCGCAGUGCCCUACAACUGCACGGCGUGGAACCGCUUUGGCGCCCGCUCCGUGGCAGUCAGCUUACGCCGACAAGAGGUCCUGUCUGUCCUGAUGUUGGGUGCUUUGGCUGCCUCGGGCGUUGUGGCUCUCUUGCUCUUAGUGGUCUUCGUCUCUCUCUGCUAUCGACGUAAGCGCUGCGGAAAAGCCAAGCGAGGGACGCAGCUGUCUAAGGCCGAUAUCCUCGUGCAGAUCACCACAAGCGAGAGCAGCCCCAGCAGGCCCAGCGAGGUGGAAGAUGACGCCAAGGAACCCAUGGCUACAAGCAGCGAGUCUCCAGCCACAUCGCACACUGAACACAGUGAAAUCCUGGAGGAUGACGAAGGGAGUCAGGAGCUGAAGGACCCCACCAAUGGCUACUACAAGGUGCGUGCCCACGAGGAGCCCUGCUUGGGGAGCAGCUUUUCAGAAUACACGCCAGCCCCCCGGCCUUUGUUCGGGCCAACGUCCCUGUACCCUUCCGCGGGGCCGGUGCAACCAAAACUCUUUGACUACACCCACCGCUACACCUUGGGCACCCCCAGUUCCCGCUCAGCCUACGACACCACCCACGAGCGGCUUUUCCCUCCAGAGAACAUAUACAGCGGGGCGACAUACCUCACCGCUCCCUACAGCCGGGCGUUCACCAGCUACGUCAAGCCGAGCAGCUACGAGAAAGCUGAGAGCGGUUACGAGCAGUCCGACCAAGCCAGCAAGGCUUCGGGCUGCUCCCGUUUCUCCUACACUUCCUUGUCUCAGCAGUCUGACUAUGGGCGCCCUGCUCAACAGCGCAUGCAGACCCACGUAUGA